AUGCAGAUGCCAGAGCCUGAAGGGAUGGAGACACAGCGGUGCGGAAAGAGAUUAGAUAUUAUGAUGAGGAAGGAUCAGUGGAAUUCGCUGCAUGUGGAAUAUGCAAUACCAUCAUUAUUUUCCCCACAUUAUUUUCCUAAUAGCAACCCUGUUUACACGUCCCUUCCGCUUCUCAUUAAUAAUCCUUUCUCUUUUUUUCAUUGUUUAUUUCCCAGCUUCUCACUGCAUUUACCGCGAAUUCUUUUGUUCUCUGUUUAUUUCUUUUCCCCCAUCUCUCAUUUGCGAUUUACACGUUUUUUUUUUUCAGAUUUCUCCCUCCCGCUUUCAUUUGCUUUGUCUCUUUCUCACUCACUCCUUCAAUUUGCUUUCUCCCUCCUUCCAUUUGCUUUCUCUUUCCUUCCAUUUGCUUUCUUCUUCCAUCUAUUCAUUUGCUUUUUCCUUUCCUCUAUCCAUUUCCUUUCUCCCUACAUCGUCUGCUUUCUUCUUCCUUCCCCUUUCCAUUUGCUUCCUCCCUUCCUCUUUUCCUAUGCUUUCUCUUUCUCUUCUUUCCUUUGUAUUGUACCUCUCUCCCUCCCUCCUUCCAUUUACUUUCUCCCUCCAUCUUUUCCUUUGUUUUUUCUUCCCUCCUUCCGUUUGCUUUAUCCCUCCCUCCAUCCAAUUACUUUCUCCCUCUCUCCUUUCUCUUUCUUUCUCCCUACCUCACCUUUCCAUUUGCCUUCCCUCACCUUUCAUUUGCAAUCCUGUUUUCUCUUCUACUAUCUCAGAUAUUUUCAUUUCUUUGUUUCUUUAUAUCUAUUUACUUGA